AUGUUUAGUAAUAGUAACGACUUUGGCUCCCAAGGCAGUAAUUUACAACAACAACAACAGAUGAAUUAUCAACAACCGAAUCAGAUGCGGAAUAUAGAUCAAAAUCAACAAAUGCCAAGACCACCUGCCGCUAAUUUUAGUAAUAAUUAUAUGAGACAACAAGGUUCGAAUCAAUCCUUAGCCGAUGAUAUAGAUAGAAAAAAUGGCAACAACAACAGCAAUAUGAUGCAUAAUGGUGGGUUUACUGACGUUCCAUCCUUGAAUUUCCCAUCCACACCAACUCAUCAAAACAGUUACGUAAUACCGAACCAAAUUACAAAUACACCACCACCAGCAAUGGCCAAUUUGUAUAAACAUAACAAUAAUUCGAAUAGUAUGGUACAGAAUAAUGGAGGUAGUAAUGGUAGUAUUAGCAAUAUGAGUCAAUAUAAUUCCAAUAUUAACAAUAAUUCUAAUAAUGGCGUUAUUAUGGAUCAACCUGCUGCACCAUUUUCGCCAAGUGUUUAUUCAAACGAUUCUGAUUAUAAUCAUCCUAACUUACAAAGUAAUACUAGUAUUCAUAGUAAUCAAUAUAACCAUCAACCACAAUUUUUAUACAAUGAUGAUCAUUCUCAUUCACAGUCGCCUCAACAAGAUAGUCCUAUUAGGAGUGUUAAGAAUAUGCCAAUUCAACAACAGCAGAUGCAACAACAACAAAUGACACAACAACAGUUGCAACAACAGCAACAACAGCAAAUACAACAACAACAGAUGCAACAGCAACAACAGCAACAACAAAUGCAGCAUCAACAAAUACAGCAAGGACAAGUACAACAGCAACAAAUGCAACAACAACAAAACAUUCAAAUACAGCAACAACAACAACAACAAGGACAAUAUAAUGAUAAGCAAGGACAACCUAACGGAAACUACAUGUAUUUUGAAAGGCGACCUGACUUAUUGUCUAAAUCUACUCAAGAUAAAGCAGCUGCUGUCAAAUUGAAAAUUGAGAAUUUUUACCAGUCUUCUGUCAAAUAUGCAAUUGAACGUAAUGAGAGGAGAGUUGAGCUUGAAGCUGGUUUAAAUUCACACGACUGGUCAGAAGAGAGAAAGAACAGACAAUUAUCAUCUCUAGGGAAAAAGGAAUCUCAAUUUUUAAGGUUAAGAAGAACGAGGUUGUCUCUAGAAGAUUUUCAAACUGUUAAAGUUAUUGGUAAAGGUGCAUUUGGUGAAGUUCGUCUUGUUCAGAAACGUGAUACUGGUAAGAUAUAUGCAAUGAAGACUCUAUUAAAAUCCGAAAUGUACAAGAAAGAUCAACUGGCUCACGUGAAGGCUGAAAGAGAUGUUCUUGCCGGUACAGAUUCCCCAUGGAUUGUUUCAUUAUACUAUUCUUUCCAGGAUCCACAAUAUUUAUAUCUAAUCAUGGAAUUUUUGCCAGGUGGUGAUUUAAUGACUAUGUUAAUCAGAUGGCAAUUAUUUACAGAAGAUGUUACUAGGUUUUAUAUGGCUGAAUGUAUCCUUGCGAUCGAGACCGUUCAUAAGUUGGGUUUCAUCCAUAGAGAUAUCAAACCCGAUAAUAUUUUGAUUGAUAUUAGAGGACACAUCAAACUUUCUGAUUUUGGUUUAUCUACCGGUUUCCAUAAGACUCAUGAUUCUAAUUACUAUAAGAAAUUAUUACAACAAGAUGAAACAAAACCGCAAGGUUCUGGCACCACAACUGGGUUAACUAAACCUGGACAGCCAGGCGAGAAUAAUGGUACAGAUAAAAAGAGUAAUAGGCAAACUAUGGUUGUUGAUUCUAUUAACUUAACCAUGUCUAGUAGACAACAAAUCCAAACAUGGCGUAAAUCUCGUCGUUUGAUGGCGUAUUCAACAGUAGGUACACCAGAUUAUAUUGCCCCAGAAAUAUUUUUAUACCAAGGUUAUGGUCAAGAGUGUGAUUGGUGGUCAUUAGGUACUAUCAUGUAUGAAUGUUUAAUUGGGUGGCCACCAUUCUGUUCGGAGACACCUCAGGAGACAUAUCGUAAGAUUAUGAAUUUUGAACAAACGUUACAAUUUCCUGAUGAUAUUCAUAUUUCAUAUGAAGCUGAAGAUUUAAUUCGUCGUUUAUUAACACAUGCUGAUCAAAGACUUGGCAGACAUGGAGGAGCCGAUGAGAUCAAGAGUCAUCCUUUCUUUCGUGGUGUUGAUUGGAAUACAAUUAGACAAGUGGAAGCACCUUAUAUUCCAAAAUUAAGUUCUAUUACAGACACUAGAUUCUUCCCAACAGAUGAAUUAGAAAAUGUACCUGACUCACCAGCGAUGGCUCAAGCUGCAUUACAAAGAGAACAAAUGAUGAAACAAGGUAAUAACAAUGCUCCAAUUAAGGAAGAUUUACCAUUUAUUGGUUACACUUAUUCUAGAUUUGAUUAUUUAACAAAAAAGAACGCUCUUUAG